AUGAAUUUCUUGCGAAGGCGCUUCUCAGACAGUAGUUUUGUGGCCAACUUGCCAAAUGGUUACAUGAUGGACCUUCAGCGUCCUGAUAAUUCCACCAGCAAUCCCGUUUCCCCAGCAACAGAGAGGAGGCAGCAGCCCUUGCAGCCACCUCCUCCUCUUUCUUCUGGUACCAGCAUCUUCAGCUCCAUCUCCAGUGCCAUGAAGCAGACCACGCAAGCAGCGGCAGGACCGACUGAGCCGACAGCAAGCCCCACUCCUGUUGUCCAGCAGAAACCCCAAAUCCUCUUAGUAAUUGAUGAUGCACACACAGAUUGGGCUAAGUAUUUUCAAGGAAAGAAGGUGAAUGGGGAAUUGGAGAUCCGAGUGGAACAGGCAGAGUUUUCAGAACUGAACCUGGCUUCAUAUGUAUCUGCUGGCUGCAUGGUGGACAUGCAGGUCAUUAGGAAUGGCAGUAAGGUGGUCAGCAGAUCCUUCAAGCCCGAUUUUGUUCUUGUCCGGCAGCAUGCUUACAACAUGGCUCUAGGAGAGGACUUCCGCAGCCUUAUCAUUGGCCUCCAAUAUGGUGGUGUCCACAGCAUCAAUUCUUUUUUCUCCGUCUACAAUUUCUGCAGCAAACCCUGGGUGUUCUCUCAACUAAUUAAAAUUUUCAACUCUCUGGGUCCUGAGAAAUUCCCUCUUGUGGAGCAAUCAUUCUUUCCAAGCCAUAAGCAGAUGCUCACAACUCCAACUUUUCCUGUUGUCGUCAAGCUGGGGCAUGCUCAUGCAGGAAUGGGGAAGGUUAAAGUUGAGAACCAGCACGACUUCCAAGACAUUGCAAGUGUGGUGGCCAUGGCCAAAACGUAUGUCACAACGGAGACCUUCAUCGAUUCCAAAUACGAUAUCCGAAUCCAGAAAAUUGGCAACAAUUACAAAGCUUACAUGAGAACGUCAAUCUCAGGAAACUGGAAAGCAAACACAGGUUCUGCCAUGUUGGAGCAGAUCGCCAUGACUGAGAGGUAUCGACUCUGGGCAGACUCUGUUGCAGAGAUGUUUGGUGGCCUUGACAUUUGUGCAGUCAAAGCUGUCCACAGCAAGGAUGGGAAGGACUAUAUCAUUGAGGUGAUGGACAGCUCAAUGCCCCUGAUAGGGGAGCACGUGGAAGAAGACAGGCAGCUAAUUGCAGAUCUGGUUGUCUCCAAAAUGACUCAGAUGGUUCUGACGGUGGGAUCUUCUCCUUCACCUCUGAGGCCUUGGCCUCAGCAGGUGUCGGUGAAGUCACAGAUGCAGCCUCAGCCAGGCCCUCAACUUGGACAGCUUUCCCAACCCCGACCGCCUCCUCAAGGGGGCCCGCGCCAGCCUCAGGGAUCACAGCCUCCACGCACAGUGGCUCCACCCCAGCAAAGGCUCUCUCCACAGGGUCAACAACCUCUGAGCCCCCAGUCCACCUCACCACAGCAGCAGAGAUCACCUGGCUCUCCCCAGCAAACCAGAACUUCCGCUGGAAGCUCACCGAGCCAGCCUUCCAGACCAGGCAUCUUCCCCCCACAGCAGCCUAGACCUCCAGCCCAAGGACGAGCUCCUGAACUCUCCAAGCAGCAGGCCGUUCCUCAUCCUCAUCUCAACAAAUCACAGUCCCUGACAAACACCUUCAGCCUCUCAGAAUCUUCCCAGAGGGGAAAUCCCAACGAGGAUGAGGCAAAAGCUGAAACCAUCCGCAACCUGAGAAAAUCAUUUGCUAGCCUGUUUUCUGACUAA